AUGAACUUCUCAGCGAAUGGCACCAGCAGUACGGAACGCUUUGAGGAAUUUUUCAGCAAAAUAUUAGUAAGCGUUCUUCUUGGCUUUACCAUAAUUUGUAUCAAUGGAUCACUUGUUUUCACCUUCUUCAAAAGCUCAGUUUUCUAUAACAAUCCAAGAUAUGUUUUAUACAUACAUUUGGUUAUCAAUGACAUGAUUAUGGUUGGUGUCUCUGUGACUCUCCUUGUAUUGGCAUAUACAUGGAACAAUGUACGCAUUUCAUUCUGUUUUGUAUUAGUAAUCAUAGCUUCAGCCACUCAGAAGAACACACCACUAAUCUUGGCUGCUAUGGCAAUUGAGCGUUAUAUUGCCAUCUGUAAACCUUUGCAUCAUUCUCAGAUCUGUACAUUACAUAGAACUUUUAUUCUUAAUGUUUUGAUAUGGGGAGUUGGACUUAUUCCUCCACUGACGGACUUUGUUAUUUCUGCCAUCAUAUUUCCUUUGUUCAUUUAUAACACUGUAACUGUCUGCUCUUCAUCAUUUCUGUACAACACUGUUUAUCAUGAUCAGAGAAAGCAAGCUACGGAGGUAAUUUACAUGUCCUUUGUGUGGAUCGUUCUUGUCUACACUUAUUGUAGGGUGCUGAUUGCAGCCAGAAAGAUGUCAAGUGACAAGGAAUCUACUAAAAAAGCCAAGAGAACAAUCCUUUUGCAUGGAGUACAGCAAUUGCUCUGUAUGUUGUCCUUUACCCCUCCUGUGCUAGACUUUGUUUUUGUUCGUAUUUUGCCUACUCAAUGGAGAAAGAUCAGUUUUUAUGCAUACUUGAUAACAAACAUUGUGCCACGCCUGCUCAGUCCUCUAAUUUAUGGUAUGCGAGAUCAGACAUUUGUCAAACAUUUGAAUAGAAAUUUCUCAUUCAGAGUAUUAAUUUUAAAAGUAGAAUCUGACAAAAACAUAGUCAUAAAAUAA